AUGGAGCUCUUCCGAAGCGAACCGAUGACGCUCUGUCGCGUCAUCGUCCCGGAGGAGGCGGCGAGGGACACGGUGGAGCGUCUGGGCACGCUCGCGCGGGCGCAAAUCAAAGAUCUCAAUCCAAACGUCCCGGGGUUUCGUCGACCGUGGGCGAACGGGGUGCGACGAUGCGAAGAGAUCAUGCGACGAUUGCGAUACUUCCGGGAGGAGUGCGCGCGCGCGGGGACGGUGGUGCGAGGAGGCGGUGGUGGUGGACGAUGGAUGGGGGGGGACGCGAACGACGCGGGCGCGCGGGCGGAGGACGCGAUCGAUCACGCGACGGAGACGCUCGAACGAGAUCUCGUGCAGGCGGUGAAGAAUCACGAUCGGUUGAGUCGAACGUUGGGUGAACUCGUGGAGGUGCAGAUCGUGCUGGAGAAGGGACAGGGAAUGUUUGAGGAGUCGCGCGGCGAGCGAGACGGACGCUCGAGCGAGUUUCGAGCGGCGCAGAGGAGUUACGACGACGUCGAGGGUGGGGGUGGGGAGACUUUGUUACCGGGAGUGUCGAUGGCGUCGAAUGAUGGGAUGGGGCAGCGUCGAGGGUCGUCAUCGUACCUGGAAAUGGCGGAGAUGGACGUGGGCGGGGCCUCGGCGAGCGGACGCGACGGCGGAGGCCAAAGAUCGAACGCGAACGCCGUGCGGCUCGGGUUCUUGGCGGGGGUGAUUUUGACGAGUAAAGUGAUCGCGUUCGAACGCAUUUUGUUCCGCGCGACGCGCGGGAACAUGUUCUUGAAGCAGUCUCGAAUCGACGGCACGGUCAUAGAUCCGACGACGGGCGAGCGAUGCGAGAAGACGGUUUGCGUCGUCUUCUUCGCCGGCGAGCGCGCGAGGGAAAAAAUCAUCAAGAUAUGCGAGGCGUUCGGCGUGAACAGGUAUCCAUUUCCCGAGGAUUACACUAGACAGCGUCAGAUGUACGCCGAGUGCACGUCGCGAUUGGUCGAGCUGCAAAACACUCUCGACGUCUCGACGGAGCAUCGCGACGAAAUUCUUCGAAAAAUUGGCGACAAGUUGGAGGACUGGACGCAGACCAUCUUACGCGAGAAGGCGAUUUAUCACACCAUGGGAAUGUGUUCAGUGGACGUCACGCGCAAGGUUCUCGUCGCACAGGCUUGGGUUCCGGACUACGCGUUGUCCUCGGUGAGAGAGGCACUCACGGCGGCGAAUCAGUCAUCCUUCGCGUCGGUUGGAACAAUUUUCCAGCAGAUCGAUCCCACGCCUGGAGAGUCACCGCCGACGCACUUCAGGACAAACAAGGUCACGUCCGUGUUUCAGGGCAUCGUCGAUGCGUACGGUGUGCCGAGUUACCGCGAGGUAAAUCCCGCGGUGUUCACCAUCGUGACGUUUCCCUUUUUGUUCGCCGUCAUGUUCGGCGACUUUGGUCACGGCAUUCUCAUGCUCAUCGCCGCGCUGUACAUGGUGAAGAACGAGAAAAAGCUCGGCGCGGGUGGGUUAGGUGAAAUCGUACAGAUGACGUUCGACGCUCGAUACGCGAUUCUUCUCAUGUCCAUCUUUAGCAUUUACGUCGGUUUGCUCUACAACGAGUGCUUCUCCGUCCCGAUGUCACUGUUUGGCAAGAGCAAGUACAUCUGUGAUCCUACCGAUCCCACGGCGGCGACGUCGUGCGAGACGCAGUUCGAUACCGAUCGUGGCCUUGUCAAUAACGGUGAGGGCGCGUAUCCUUUCGGCGUCGAUCCCAUCUGGCAUGGCACUCGAUCCGAGUUGCCGUUUCUGAACUCGAUGAAGAUGAAAAUGUCCAUCCUCAUGGGCGUGACGCAAAUGAUGCUCGGGAUCUUCAUGUCUUACCUCAACCAAGCGUACAACAACGAUACGCUUUCCAUGUACUGCGAGUUCAUCCCACAGGUCGUCUUCCUUGGCGCUCUCUUUGGGUAUUUAUCGCUCCUGAUAGUCAUUAAAUGGAUCACCGGAUCCACCGCCGACUUGUACCACGUGAUGAUUUACAUGUUCCUGUCACCGGGCAACGUGGACUGCAUGGGCGAGGGUAAAGACGGCGGUCCGGGAUGUCCCGAGAAUAAGAUGUUUGCAGGUCAAGGCGCAUUGCAGAAUUUCCUGUUAUUCCUCUGCGCCGUCGCGGUUCCGGUGAUGUUGUUCCCGAAACCGUUCAUCUUGAAAAAGCGACACGAGGCGGCGAGAGGCGGUGGCGUGCGUCGCGGCGGCGUGCGAUACGCUCGUCUCGACGGUAAUGACGAAGAAGACAACGACAGACAGUUCUUGCAGGCGUCCGAUGCUGAGAGAAGCUCGCAGUCGGCCGAGAACGAGGACGAUUUCGAUUUUGGUGAAAUCAUGGUGCAUCAAGGUAUUCACACGAUUGAGUUUGUUCUCGGCGCCAUCUCCAACACGGCGUCGUACCUUCGUCUUUGGGCGCUGUCGCUCGCGCACGCGCAGCUUUCAGCAGUGUUCUGGGACCGCGUUUUCAUGGGCGUUGGCGUCUCGAGCGGUAGCUCUGUCGUCGUCGUGUUUGCCUUCGCUGUCUGGGCCGCCGCAACCGUCGGCGUGCUCAUGCUCAUGGAAUCUCUGUCAGCCUUUUUGCACGCCCUGCGUCUGCACUGGGUCGAGUUCAACAACAAAUUCUAUAAGGGUGAUGGUUAUGCGUUCGUUCCCUUCUCAUUCGAAGGCCUCCAGGACGUCGAGCGAUGA